CGUGCAGUGUUUGCAAAGGCCCUCUGAGCUCACCUGAGUUUCGGGUUACACACACUUUCAUACCUUCCCUGCGUUAAGAAAUGGACGACGCACCUGUCUGAGAAAAACAAAGCUCUUUUAUCGACACUUUUCUCGGACAUUUUGGGGAUUUUAAUAUUUUUGAUAACGCUUAUGUUUUAACGGAUCUUAAGUGAAGAUGCCGCAGGGUAUAAUCUUUACCCUCUUCUUGUUAACAGGUUUCAGCACAGCCAUCAAUGUGAUCUGCCCUAACCCACGCCAUGUGGUCAUAUUAUUCCAGCCGGUCACCCUUCGCUGUGACUUCAGCACCACGGCUACAAUGCCCCCUUUGAUCACCUGGAAGUACAAGUCUUAUUGCCGAGACCCCAUCCAAGCUGCGCUGAACCCCAGCAGUGCUGAAAAUGCCCUCGCUAAUGCCAACCCCAACUACAACCCCAACAUAGAGUGCGCAGACAGCGCCAGGACCGUUCGCAUAGUGGCUUCAAAACAGACGGCCAUCACGCUUGGGGGGGAGUAUCAGGGUCGCCAGAUCAGCAUCACUAAUAACGCGGACCUUUCCUUUUCUCAGACCGCAUGGGGCGACAGCGGCGUGUACGUCUGUAACGUGGCUUCAUCUCAGGACCUUUCAGGAAAUGGCGAGUGUUACACAGAACUCAUUGUGCUCGAGAGAAAGUCAAAUACUACAGACCUGCUGCCUGGCAUUGAUUUACUGAUCAUGGAAGACUGGUUGUUGGUGGUAUUGGUGGUCUUGGGCUUCCUGUUGCUCUUGCUCCUGAUGGGGAUCUGCUGGUGUCAAUGUUGUCCUCACACCUGCUGCUGUUACGUCAGCUGUCCCUGCUGCCCAGAGCGCUGUUGCUGUCCACGCGCCCUAUACGAGGCUGGUAAAAUGGUAAAGUCAGGCAUCCCCCCUAGUCAGUACGCACCCACCGUCUACGCCCCAAGCAUGUACGGUCAACCAGCUUAUGGAGCCGCACCGGGCAUACCCCUGCUGCCUAUGCCAGUGGGUGUCGCCGGGCCGCCCUCCAACGGCUACGGCAGAGACUAUGAUGGGGCCAGCUCAGUUGGUCAGGGGUCGCAGGCGCCACUGCUGCAAGAUCACGACAGCGGAGGAACCCGCAGUGGAUACCGCGUUCAGGCCGACCAAAGUGGAAACCCGACUCGGGUGCUUUACUACAUGGAGCGAGAACUAGCCAACCUCGACCCCAGCCGCCCAGGAAACGCCCCAGGGCAAUACAAUCGUUUGGAUGGUAUGAGUGAGGUAAGCUCACUGCAUGACCUUCCAGACUCUCGGAAUCGAGGUCGUUCAAGACCUCCUCAGCUCACCACGGUGUACGACGAUGUGGAUGAAAACAUGAGCACCAUCAGCAGCGUCUCUCAACACGUCCGGCGGGAUGAACCCAGACGUGAUGGCAACUUUCGGGGGCGUGCACGCUCAGUGGAAAACUUGGAUGAUAUUGGCCGCAAUUACAGAGACAGAGAUGACUAUCCACCUGUUCGCCGAGACGGUGGGCCCAGGGGUGACAGGAGAGGUUCAGACGAUGAAUGGAGCAGCAGUGGAAGAGGUUAUGACCGUGUCCCCGAUGACCGCCGGCGCCGCGACUACUCCCCCGGUCCCCGGCGCGGCGACUCCUUCCGUGGGGCCGGCUUUCAGGGCCGCCGCAGCCGUAGCCGAGACGACCUGCAGGAACUGGAGCGCGACAGUGGCCGCGGAGGCCGGGACGCUUACGACGACAGCUUCCUACGGGAGGCCAUGGAGAAGAAAAAGUUGGGCGAGCAGCAGAGGGCCCGCAGCAGAGAGCAUCUGGACAGCGAAAGUGACCGUUCUGAGCGUAACAGAGGGGGAAACAGAGGACCCCCUCUGCCCCUCGCCCCACCUGCUGGAAACCCCGAUCGUCGUGGUAACUUUCCGCCACUUCCCCCUCCCUACAUGGAGGACAGUGAUAGUUUGGCAUCAUCCAAGAAGAGCAACUUAAAGAAGAAUGGAGCCGUGAGCAGAGAGAGUUUGGUGGUAUAACUGUGAUGGAUGCUCAGGUGAAAGAUGUUUGAGGGGUGGGGAAGAGUUGGGAGUAAUUGGGUUUAAGUGCUGAGAUUUGCCUGUAUAUUCAAAUUUCUGGAAUUUUUAUUAUGUUUUCAUGAUAUUAAUUGUAUUGCCUCAAACGGUUUAGAUUACGAUGUGCUUUUGCAGCUUUGGCUUAUUUGAAAACUUGAAAGAACUACUUUGAAAUAUCCGAUCAACAUUAUUGUCUGGUUUGAACUGUGACAGCUGUCUCCCGCCGUGUCUUCACCAGACGCGACACGCCACAUUUAAUAUAACGUACAUUUCCAAAAUAUACAACCAUUGUAGCUUCUAAAACCCUAAAUAGUUUAAUAAACACAAACUUUCUAAUUUGUUGCAAUGUCGCAUCUGGUGUAGCCACAGUGUUACAUUGCAUCAGUUUCAUGUUUUUAACACACAUUCAGUUGUCAUGAGAAGAUGCAGGCUUCUCAUUUUUCAGGUAUUGUUUUUUAAUUCAAGAUUUUUUCAUGUAAUACACAGAAAUGUUUGAUUCUGAUGAACUGGAAUUAUGCGUGCGUGCGUGCAUCGUCUGCAGUUGAAUGAUUGUGCUUUAAUUUUGUAUUUUUUAAUGCGUCAAAUGAAAUUUUU